CUUUAAGCGUUGAGUUUUUUUUUCCACUCUUUCUCUCUCUCUUUCUUUGCCCCUCUACCUAUAUCCGCCGUCUCGAAACCACAGAAUUAGUUUUAUUUUUCCAGCUAGCUAAGUGAUGUCGUCACAUAUCUAAUGUGGUCGGUCACUACCCUAAUGAAGACAGAGGAGGAGGAGCUUUUCUAGUUCUUUCUUCCUUUGUAAAGUUUUUCCCUUUUUUGAAAUUGAAACAAAGUUUUACUUGGGAGAGAGCUUGAUCAGGAAAGCUCAAACAAUGCCGUUGACGAGGUACCAGUCUCGUAACGAGUACGGAUUAGCAGAUCCGGAUCUGUACCAAGCUGCUGAUAAAGAUGACCCCGAAGCUCUGCUCGAAGGAGUCGCCAUGGCUGGUCUCGUUGGUAUAUUGCGUCAACUCGGUGAUCUCGCCGAGUUUGCUGCUGAGAUGUUUCAUGACUUGCACGAAGAAGUGAUGGCAACUGCUUCUAGAAGCCAUGGUCUUAUGGCUCGUGUACAGCAACUGGAAGCAGAGUUCCCUUCUAUAGAGAAAGCAUUACUAUGUCAGACCGAUCAUUCACCUUUUUUCUCUAAUAAAGGUGUGGAAUGGCAUCCGAAUCUACAAUUGGAACAAAGUGUGGUUACACGUGGUGACUUACCUCGUUGUGUAAUGGAUUCUUAUGAGGAAUGCAGAGGUCCCCCUAGGCUAUUUCUUCUGGACAAAUUUGAUAUAUCGGGAGCUGGAGCAUGCUUGAAACGCUACACCGAUCCAUCAUUUGUUAGGCUCGAGACGUCUUCAUACGAAGAAUCAUGGGAUGAUAUUCAGAGAGAGAAGAAAUCACAGAAAGCAAAGAGAAGAGCAUCUCAAUGGAGGAAUGGAGGAACACCUGAAAAUGCACUAUCAUCACAUGCCAAAUUGCAUGAAUUGUUCUUGGAGGAGCAUUUAGAGACUCAUCUUUCAGAUCCAGCGCGCGUUGUGAAGUUGAAAACUAGAAAGCUAGAUGGGUGUACCCUUAUAUCAAAAUCAGGGGAAAGCUACAUGGAGAAAUUUGUGCAGACACGUGUAGAUAGUAAAAUAAGUUACGAAAUAAUCACCCAAAACCCCGGAUUGUUGACAUGGAAUAUGGAUAGUAGUAGAGACAUAGUAACCGAUAUACCUGAAAUCAGUAUGGUGGAUGCUAUGGAGAAGUCUCACGGAGGAAGCAGCGUAGAGGUUUCAUCACCAAGUGAGCAGGAAAAUGUGCCAAAUGGUAACUUAAAUGGGGGUUUGAUUGAAAAAGAUAUAGAGACAGUGCCUGAAUCCACUUACAAUGAAGUCCCUGGUACAACUUUUACAAAGGAUUCACAAACUAAUUUGAACGAGAAGCCAGGAUUUUUUCAACAGAGGAGUUACUCCGAAGAUUUGACCAGUGAUGCUGACAAUUAUGUUGACGCACCAGCGACCAUGGAGUCGGAAACAGAAACAGACGAUGAUUAUAGAACUAAGAAUAGAUCAGAUGCUUUGAAGGAUGGGAACCCUCAUACAUAUUCUGAUGUGGAUGAAGAGAGGAUGGAGGACCCACCUCAAUUCUCAUUUUUUCAUUCAAAUGGAAACACUCCUGUGUCAGAAAAUGGGAGAAGCUCAUUUGGGAAACGGAGCACUAGUUAUUCUUACUCGGACACUGCAAGCGUAUCCAUUGAUGAUCAGUCUGAUGGAGAGAAACUUUCUGGAUGUUUACCUUCUACUUCUAGUUUUAAGAGUGAGCUGGUUGACUCCAUAUCCCAUGUAAAUCCUGAAGCCAGCAAAGUGUCUAAUGAUUAUAAUGUUCAGGAAUCAGUUAGUAGCAGCAAUGUAGAUGGCCAGACAUCAUUAAGAUCGAAUGAUACAUGUUCAAGUCCAAGGCCAGUCUCUCAGAAUGAUGAAUCAUGUCCACUGACUGUUCAAUCGUUAGCAUCAGUAGACAUUGAAAUUUCUCCAAAACUUGAUAGGCUUGAUCUAAUUAACGGAGGCAAUGAUGGAAGCAAGGUGGAUCCAAUCGAUUCUUCAAGAUCUCGUGCAUCUUUUGAUGCUAAAAACUCUAACUUCCCUUCUGAAUCUUCGUCAGUUAGUUCAACUUCUGAAGGAAGCCGAUGCUAUACUACCAUUGAGAAGAACGAUAUGGUUGGUUGUUCUUCAAAUUUAGUAAAGUCAGGCACUAGUCCUCAAGUUUUUGUUGAUAUUCAAACAGGUGAACAGUUACCUAGAGGUAAUAGUGAUAUUGAGACAAACUCUACAGUUGCUUGUUCUAAAGUUGUAGCAAACUCAGGCAGCGAUCCUGAAGGCCAUGAUGGUAGUAGCCUAGCAGGGAAGCUGUUACCUUGCUCAGCUGGGAAGGGGAUGGAAGUUUCACCUGAUAUGCCCUAUAAAGUCUGUGGUCCAAGUACUGUAGAUGAAAUUCAUUUAAAAGAUGCUCUGGGUGAUGAAACUGAUUGUGUGACAGUGACUAAUGUAGUGGCCGACGUUGAUUCUCAAAAUUCAGUUGCCAACGUUGAUUCUCAAAAUUCAGUUCUCGACGUUGAUUCUCAGACUUCAGUUGCUGAUGUUGGUUCUCAAAAUUCAGUUGCUGAGAUCUCCAAUGAACAUUCAUGUGCAUUUGGCAACACGGCUGAUGUAUCUGUUUCAGAGUCCCAUGAAGACACAUUUGAGAAUGGAAUGUCCAUGCCUGCUGAAGUCAAUAGUAAGCUGACUUCUGAUUUCAACUCGGGAGGAGAAAAAUUGGUGGGAGAUGCUUCAUCUACUUGUAGCAAAAGCGAUGAAAAUAUCUCUGAUGAAGGUUUUGAUGACCUUUCAGGGCUGGACAAUGCAACUACAGACAUUGUCCCGAACAUAGAACUUGCUGUGUCUGAUAAUGACAGUGACACUUCCAGUAGUGGUGUUAACCAUGCCGUUAGCCUGUCAUCUACUAGUUUGAAUGGUUCUCUGCCUUGGAUUUCGACUCGAUCGUCUCCUGAAGGUGGAGACAUUUGCAAAGAUACAGUUGUAGAGUCUGAUGGGACACUACCAGCAGACGAAAAACUAGAGUCAGAGAUAAAAAUGCAGAAAAGCCCACUGGAAGUGUCCUCAGAAGGUCUGAGUGCUGCCCUAGACAACAAUGACCUGGCAAGUUGUGAAUCUAUAAGUCCCAAGCCAUCUCAGGAUCAAAGGGACAGAGAUACAGAACUCAAUUAUCCUGGUGAGAGCAUUCUUGUUGAUAAUUGUAUAGGUUCCUCGCCAGUAAAUAAUCUGAACCUUAUAGAGAGUGAGGCUCUCGAGCAGACAGUUAGAGAGCAAACACCUUGUGCAAACCAUACAGUUGCAGAUGAGGAAUUUCUGCAGUCAAAUGUUUUCGGAGGUUUAGAGUUUGUACCACGAUCAGCUGGCUUAGAAUUUGCACCACACUCUGCAGGUAUAGAAUUCAACAAACCUAACCAAGAAUUGAAUCUGGAUCCUACUUUUCCUAGCUUUGGCGUGAUCCCUGAGACUACUCCACCCAAUCAGGAGGACAUGCCACCGCUGCCACCCCUUCCUCCUAUGCAAUGGCGUAUUGGAAAGGUUCCACAUUCUUUUCCUACCUUCAUGGGGGAAUCAGUCGAAACCAGUAGUUCUGCUCCAUCAGCGGCACCACCCGGUGAUUCUAGCUUGAACGUUCUAAUUGGGUCUAAAUCACCAGAGAUGUCUGUACACUUAGGAAGUAACGAAUCAGAACAACUUACUGGAGGGUUUGUGAACAAUGAAUCAGACAAGCCGUUACAAUCAUCCAUUCAGAUCCCAACCAUUGGCGCUGAUUUGAAUAGUCAAUAUAACAGUUCUGAGCUCUCUACAAUGCCUAAUCAGGCGUGUAUAGAGGAUUUUGGUUCUGAAGUGAACAAUCUUUUGGCUGAUCAUGCAGUUCAGAACCACGAGCUCGUUUAUUCACAAGAGCCGUCAUUGCAGCAGCCUCAGGAUCUAUCUGCAAAAUACGAAGAUUUCAAGGACGAUACAGAUGUCGUUUAUUCACAAGAGCCGUCACUGCAGCUGCCUCAAGAUCUAUCGGCAAAAUAUGAAGAUUUCAAGGACGAUACAGAUGUGCAUGUGUCACAAAGCUCAAGCAAUGAUCACCAUUGUCCUGAAACCAAAUCCCUGACACCAACUCAAUCAACAAAGGUAGAAGAUGAGAGUCAUUGGGUUCCUGAUACUUCAAAUGCAGAUACAGCAGAACCAUCAUACACGUCAGUUCAGAAGAUAAUUCCUGGUGCAGUUGGAGAUGCUAUGUGGCCUGUCAACGCGUUCUCUGUUGCACCGACCUUGGACACAGAUAAGCCAGAAGUGAUCCCUAUGGUUCGGCUUCCUCGGCCAAGAAGUCCGCUUGUUGAUGCCGUUGCAGCUCACGACAGGCGCACGAUGAAAAAAGUCUCUGAGAUGGUUCACCCACCAAUUAAAUCAAAGCAAGAUGACAAUGAUUCGUUGCUCGCACAAAUUCGAAAUAAGUCCGUCAAUCUGAAGCCUGCAGCAGCUACACGACCCAGCAUCCAAACUGGUCCUAAAACGAAUAUAAGGGUAGCUGCAAUCUUAGAGAAAGCAAACACAAUACGACAGGCAAUGGCUGGAAGCGACGAGGACGAAGAUUCAGAUAGUUGGAGUGACUCUUAACUUAUAUCCAUGAUCGUUUGGCUUUUCCGUUGUGACCGUUCUUGUUCCACGAUGAGUGCGCAAGCGCUUUAGAGUCUCAGGUAGGUUAUACAAUCUCUAUUUCAGACAUAUUAACAUCAAAAAUACAGUACUAUCAUCGCUUAUAUAUUAUGUACGUAUGUAUAUUGUAUACUGUUUUAUAGGUUUGUGCGUGUAUGUUGUAAGUAAAUUCCGGAAUUUACAUUAGUGUUACAAAAACUGUGUGGGUUUUUUUAUUUUCUUAUAUUCUUUUUCCUCAAUAGAACAUUCUUUUUAGUACCCUACUAUGUAAUGUGUUGUCUAUCAUAUAGUUUAUGUUUGUGUAUUGGAACCA